CAUCUUCAUCUCCACAGCUUACAUUGUCACAAUUUUGAACCAUCCUGCUACUGACUUACCAUACUUAACAAUUUGAUCAAACUUUUCCUGUUUUCUGUCCUCCGUCCAUUUACACCCUUGUUUUUAAACAGUUUUGAAAUCACAAUGGGAAGCGGAACAACAACACCAAAUGGUCCAUCUAGACGUGGUUCGAUUGAAAGAGAAAGAGAGGUUGAGAAAGAGCCAACCAACCUAAAGAUCUAUUGUAUUGUUAAUGGAGAAGCAACGUCUUUUCCUGUAAAUAUUCUUUCCAAUCUUUCGGUCGGUGAACUCAAGCAAGCCAUCUAUUCGCCUGCUAGAUUUGGUGAUAUCCCACCGGAGAAGCUCACUCUCAAGCUCAUCCCCGGCGGCACAACGAAGAAAGGAUUGGAAACAUUAUCCGAAGAAUCGCUUGUAGUGCUCGAUGAACUUGAAGAACUCAGCACUUAUUUUCCAAAAGGUGCAGCAAAAGGUCGCAUUCACAUCAUUGUCAAGCUGCCGCCGCCAGCAAUUUCAAAAAGAAAUCGAGAAGAUGAUGUUGAUUUAGACGGAGAAAGUCGUACAAAACGUCGUCGUUCGUCAGAAUUUUGGUCAUACUAUACUCACCAUUACGGCAUCCGAGUGCCGUUGCCCAACUUCCUAAUAGGCAUGCUUGGGGACAAUAGCAAAGGUGUAGAACCACGCUCUGCUUUCUCGCAGUUCAGAAACGUAAAAGUGGGAGAUCAAAUCAGGGUAAAAAGUCUCGGCCAGUCACCCAAGUUCUUUGCGGAAGACUAUCAAGGUCACGAGCUUAUUGUGACUGAGCAGAUGAUGGAGCUAUGGGAGUUACUUGGUGGGGAUUCUGAAUGGUCGAUUAAAAGAUGCCUGUCUGGCCCCAUGGGAGUCGGGAAAUCAUAUAUCGCUUGGUUUCUAGCUGCUAAGGCAUAUGCUCAUGGGUGGCCAGUCCUCUAUAUCCCCGACGCCAGGUUUCUUCAGUGGUGUGUAUCAGAGGAAGAUGCAGCGACCAUUAUAUGUCAGAUCUUUAUAACUUUCAACAAAGACAUUCUAACAGGGGAAGAGCUUGCAAAAAUGGUUAAUUUUCAGGAUACAACAAAACCUCUUGUGGUUUCAACUGCUAGAUACAUUUUACGCAAUCUACUCCAACAAAGAGAACAGAAAACUCUUUUUGUUAUUGAUGAGCUUGGAGCCUUGUUUCCACAUGGUACAGAGUCAGCAACAAUGAAGUUUGAUUUGUUACAUUGUUUGAACUCCUUUAAUUCAUGGGGGUCACACUAUGCUGGAGCGCGUGUAGUAUACACAGGGACGCAUGGGAGGUUUGAGAGGACUAUUCUCAGAGACGCAUCACAUUAUUUCGAGUUUGUUGGUCCACUGUCACCCAUUACUUUCGAUAAGUUACUGAGUGUGAUCAUAGGUACGUUCAGGCCAACAGUCCGCCAACAUUUGGACAAGCUACGAGACGAGAUUCAAAGAGCCACCGGACGUAUACCACGGGAGCUUAAUAAAUUUUUUGGCAAAGACUUUCGAGAGAUUGAGUUCACAGCUGAUGAAAUCGAGCGAAGACUAAAAACCUAUGAGGAAACUCGUCAGUCAGAGCUCUCUGGGACCUUGAAGGCCUAUUACUUAGGACUUGAUCCGAUGUCUAAAACAGAUAUCCGUAGAGCUCUAGCCGAUGUGUUUCUGCGAGACAACCAGCACCUAGACGCGGUAUUUGAUUGCAAAUUCCUCGAUUUUGGAAUAGUAUAUCAGUAUGAGGAUCCGGACAAGGCCAGUCUUUUAAUUUUAAAGCGCCCAAUUACACCAGCAUCCGAGGCGGCGCUUUUCGAACUAUACAAGUCAUGCCCACUCCCCGACGUAUACAAAGAUGCUAUAAAGGGGGGUGCCUUAAAUCAUGCCCAAUUUUCCGAUGCUUUCUUCCAGUCGCUUAUCAAAAGUACCGACAUAGUUUUCAAGUCAACUAAUCUUGCUGGAAAGGAGGAACAAAUUUUAGAGCUGAGAGUCGAUGGCUAUCAGUAUCUUCAAACCCCACCUAGAAAACUCGGCGACGAGGGCAAGAAUAUACUGAUACAUGGAUGCGAACUAGCUCCAUUCGAUUUUAUACUUGGCUACACUUUUAUUCAAAUUUCGAUCUCUAAUUUUCAAAAACACAACGAUGGCUCUGCAAACGUUGAUUUGGCAUUUACAAGUCGGGAACAUUCUGGUAAAAGAAAUCAAAUCGAGUAUUUCCUAGACCACACAUACGGCGGAACUCACAAAGCAGAAAUGGAGAAAACAGAGCUUGCCGACAAGCCCAACUUGUAUAAAAGGAACUUUAAAGUAACGAGAAACGGUGUGAUGUGUCCGGACUUUAGGAUUGUGUAUAUUCGCGGGAAGAAUGACUUUUGCGAAGGUAAAGAAAUACAUGGGCCGGCCAAUCACACGGGUAAAGUCCUGGAGUAUCCCCAGAUAAGACAUGUUUGUUGGGACGAAGUUAAAAAGAGCUUGUUUGAUAGCUCCAGCUGAUCCACCUUAAUAUUUUAGUAAAAACACGACGACUAAACAUUUCAAUAAAUUAAUGC